CAGUUUUCGACCUUGUUUUUUCUCUAGUUCAAUGUUGAUUUCGGUGAAUCUGGUGGUUGUUGAAUAUGGUUUUUGCUGUUUUAUUUAGUUUUUUGAGUUGUUGUUGCUGUUAUUUCUCUAGUUUGAUGCUAAUUUUGGUGAACCUGAGCAAAUUUUGAGUUGUUGCUGUUCUUUCUAUUUGUUUAAUGUGGUCUUUUGACGUUUAGAGUUGUUGCUGUUCAUUCUCUGAUUCGAUGUUAAUUUUGGUGAACCUAAGCAAAUUUUGAGUUGUUGCUGUUCUUUCUGUUUAUUGAAUAUUGGUUUUUUAGAGUUGUUGUUGCUGUUCUUUCGCUGAUUCGAUGUUAAUUUUGGUGAAGCUGAGCAAAUUUUAGAGUUGUUGUUCUUUCUAUUUGUUGAAUGUUGGUUUUUUAGAGUUGUUGUUGCUGUUCUUUCUGUUCUUUCUCUGGUUUGAUAUAAAUUUUAGUUAGAAUUAUUGUUGAAUCUGGCAGUUGCUGCCCUUAUUUGAUUUUUUAGAGUUGUUGUUGAUCCUGAGGAAAUUUUAGUGAACUUAGAUUGAAUAGUUAAAUUCGUUGUUGAUUAUCAUUAGUGAACUUUUGGUGGUUGUUGAUUAUCAUUAGUUGUUGCUGUGUUUCUUUUGCUUGAAUGGAAAGGCUUUCCAACUAGCCAUUGUACCUGAGAUUGCGAGAAGUCCUUCCUCUUCUUUGGAGCUUGUUCUUGUUCCCAGGGAGACAACGGCUCCAGCCACCACCACCACCAGCUGCAGCAGGCAGCAGCCCCCGCCACCAGCUGCCACUCGCCCUCUUCUCGCCGUGGAAUUUCUGUUCGGACACAUCGCACGUCGCUCGCGUCGCCCAGCUCACCGUCGCACGUCGCUCAUCUCGUCGCUCGCCUCUUCGAUCACCUCGCCGUUGCUCACCUCAACGUUCUCCGCCGCGAGUGAUAAUGUGUUGCCGUUUGCUUCUUCGAGGUCGUCAACGGGUUAGUCUCUGAAUCAAGUAGUAGUGCAUACUUGAAAGAAAUGAAUCCAUUUCAUUUUCAGUCUGUACCACCACCUCAUCCUCUUGGACCUCCUCAGUUUCCAAUGUUACCUCCUGAUCCACCAAGUUCAAGUUCAUUUUGGCAAAACCGAAAUGUUUGUGAACGCCUCAGAGAAUUGCAGGACACUCUUAAUCUUGCAAAGGCAAUGCAAAAGGAGCUAGAGAUGUUGAUGAUGAUCAAAGAUGGUAAAGUGUCUUUAGAAGAUGUGAAACAUGGAUCUAACGAACCUUACCUGCCUGGUUUUCUAGAAUGUUUGCAAGACAGAAGGGUUAAUAUAGAAUCCCAAGAAUCGUUGGCAGUUGAAGCAGCUAAUUAUUUGAUGUCAAAGCUAAGAUCUCAGCUGGAGCCAUUCAGAUAUGUUGCGGAUGAAGCAAGUCCAUGGGAGGAGAAAUCUGCGGCUGCAAGGUUUGCAAAUAAAGUGUACAAGUCCAAAAGAAAUAAGCGCUGGCGGAAGAAGAAAAGGAAGCGUAUUGCAGAAAUGCUGGCAAAGGAGCAGGAGGAAUUUCAUUGCAUUGACCGAGAAGCUGAUGAAUGGAGAGCAAGGGAGAUUUCUAAGGAUGUUGCAAACUGCAAGGUGGAAAAGAUGAAGGAAAUUGCUAAGAUUAAAGCCAAAGAAGAGAAGAGGAAAUUAGAGGCCGAGCUUGAAACGCUCUUGGUUGUGGAGAAGCUUCAAGAAUUACGCUCCAUAAGGAUUCAAAAGUUGAAAAAACAAGGCCAUUUUCUUCCUGAGGAGGAUGACAAGUUUCUUGAGAGAGUUCAGGCUGCAGUGGAAGAAGAGGAGCGUGAAGCUUUGGCUGCAGCUGAAACAGUUGCUGCUAAAGAUGCGAUAGCAACUGCUGAAGAAUCCAGGAAAGCUAGCAAAAAUCAAGGGAUGCUCCCAAAAGAAAGUAACACCGACACUAAAAUUGAGGAGAACAAAGAGAAAACGGUUGAUAAGGUGCCUGAAGAGGGAUCUGAUGCCGUUGAGUAUAAAUCAAGUAAAAUUGCUUCAGAAGGACAGAGUAGUGGUGGAACAUAUGAUCCUUUGGCAAAUUUACCUAUUGAGUUCUAUCAUUAUUAUCAUGGCAGCAACAAUGACAUGGGAACGCUUAUUGAGGUUAGAAGAGGGUGGGAUGCCUAUAUCAGACCAGGAGGAAGCCGCAUACCAGGGCACUGGGUUCAGCCUCCUCCUCCAGCCAAUGAGAUAUGGGCUUCUUACUUGGUCAAACCCAAAUGAUUGCUAAUUCAUUGCCAAUUUUGUGUAAAAAAUUUCAGAUGAUUAUUGUUGUUUUGCUACCUAUGAAGUAUGAACUGUGUUCAUGACCAGCCAGAUAUUAAUGGUGUGGGGUGAAAUGUAUAUUGUAGUAAUCUUUUGUAUGCAACCAAUCAUUUGUAAGUAUUUUAUUCAAAUCAAAGACCAUAGCAUAAUAUUGUUGAAUAUACAGUAAAUAAAUGAAAAAAUAAUUUCAGAAUCA